GUCUGUUCCCGCCCACCUGCUUGACGCACGCCGGCCCAGCCUUGCUACCUCUCCUACCAAACUUUCACCUUUUGAACUGCUUCGUGUUUCUCUAGCCACCAGACGCAAGAGGACGGGAAUAAUGGCGGACCAUGGACUGACAAACGAAGCCGCUGCAGCCGCCUGCAAAGACGGAAAUCCGAUCACUAAGGACUUCAUGAUGCAGCAGACGAUGCUGAGAGUGAAAGACCCGGUUAAAUCGCUGGAUUUCUACACACGCGUCCUGGGAAUGAUCCUGCUGCAGAAAAUUGAUUUCCCCGCCAUGCGCUUCUCUCUCUACUUCCUGGGUUAUGAAGAUAAAAAAGAAAUCCCAACUGACAUCAGUGAGAGGACAGCGUGGACUUUCUCACGCCGAGCCACCAUCGAGCUCACACAUAACUGGGGUUCGGAGUCAGAUGACAGCCAGUCUUACCAUAACGGAAACUCAGACCCUCGAGGUUUUGGACACAUAGGAAUCGCUGUGCCUGAUGUCUCUGCCGCUUGCAAGCUGUUUGAGGAGCAAGGAGUGACCUUUGUUAAAAAGCCUGAUGAUGGUAAAAUGAAGGGCCUGGCUUUCAUUCAGGACCCAGAUGGCUACUGGAUUGAGAUUCUGAGCCCCAACAACAUGGUGUCCAUCGUUUCGUAAAGAUGCUCCCAUGGCCGUGUGAUCAGCUAGCAGACGUUUUGAAAGAAAGUUGCUGAAAAGAGAGCUAAGAAAAAAAGAGCCAUAUUUUUAUGACCUCACACACGGUGCUCUUUUUGCGGAGAGGGCGAAUCAGGGAGAAGCUCAUUUCGAGGUGCAGCCGGUGCUAAGUGGCCGAAACGGCCGAGACGAGCCGAUGAGCUUUAUCUAGAAACACAUCACUGACAAUUAGACACUAAUUAUGAAACCAGUAGUACAUUCUAACCAUACAAAUAUCACUUGCAUGACUAGCUUUGGAGUCGUUCCUAUCCGUUUUUGGUGGUUUAAAUUAUAUGCUAUGCCACCUUUUGUUUUGUUCAAGAAAUUCUAUUUUAUUAUAUAGCUCUCUUCUACAUAUUGUCAUUAUUAAAUUAAUAGUAGUUGUGGAUAAUUAAACAAAAAUGCUGCUUGUCAAAUGCUUGUGUUUUGUUUUUAAAUGAUAUUUAAUCAUUUUGGAGAAAUGACUAACAGCAAAUUCAAGUAAAAUUCCUAAUCAAGAAUUAGUUCUAGCAGAAAUUGAGUGGGAUACAUAUAUAGUUUGCAUAUCUGUGUUUUAUUAAUACUUAAUAAGUGCUUGAAGGAUUUCUAAUACUGUACUGCGUAUAAAGGAAUUUUAGUGCCACAGCUCAGACCCAAAGCAGUUCUACUUGGUUCACUUAUAAGUAUUUUGUAAGUAAGAUAUAAGUAUAAAGAAAUACAGUUAAGAGAACACAAAUGCUUCUGGUUCAGCAUUAAAGGAAGUAAUGUGAGAUAUCUAAAUUUAUUGGGCAAGUUAUAAGUAAUAGUAUUUGUGCAAUAUAUUGAAAUAAUUUAUAUAUAUAUAU